UCGUUGCUGGACCGCCGAACAUGGAAACGCAAAGUUCUUCGUCAAGCGGGGUCCUGAUUUCGACCCCACCGUCGAGGACCAAAGUUAUCCCCGGGGCCAAAAUACAGUGCGGGCUGAGGUCAACUUCCGGCCUGACCACCACCCUGGUAAUAUACGUCAUCUUUGCCGUGAUUGGCACCAUCAUCAUGAACUACUACCUCUCCACACUCAAAAUAUGUGAAGGAGAUGAAUUAUCGCAGUCAAUGACAUUCAUGGUCCCAGAAAACCAGCAGCCGUUGGCGGAGAACGAGAUUCUGAAAGAAAAUGCCACUGAGGAUUCCAAACAGAAGCAGAAUGAAUUGGCUAAGAAUACCAGUCCGAAGCCGGAUGAGGUAGUUUUUACUAAAUUUCACACUCACAAUCAGUGUCCGGAAAUCAAGUACCAUUAUCAGGAGGGGGAAGUGGACUGUGUCCUUGCUCUGUCAGCGGCAAAUUUGAAAACGCUGUCCAACGGCAAGACGUACUCCUUUCAUGAAACCACUGUUGGGUGGGACACAGCAAACGAUUUUUGCACGAAACAGGGGCUGCACUUGGCCACUAUUGAAAAUCAGAAUGACUUGGAAGCCGUGGGAGCGCAAGCCUCAGAUUUCACCGAAAUUAUUGGUUGGUGGCUUUCGGCGAAAAACGUGAGAAACAAAAGUGAAAAUUGUGGACAAGACUUCCGAUGGCACGACGGAACCAAACUGGAUUUGAAAAGCCCGUUAUGGUGGAAAAGUGGGAAACAGUAUAAUAACUUUGUUUACACAAUAUAUUCAAAAUUGAGAUCCAAGAAGAGCAACUUCAAGCAGUAUUUUAUUUGCCAACUUCCAAGCAAAUGCUCUUUAUAAAUUUCAAUUUACUUUUUCCUCCCAGGUGUGGAAAAUUUCUCUAUUUUUUUGUACUUUUAUUCACGAAUUUUAAUUUUAAUUAGAAUUGCUCUUUCUUUAUUUAGCUU